AUGAGAGAUAAAAAACUACUAUACAUAUUUGGUGGUGCUGCUGUCUUAGCAGGAACCUAUAUUUAUUUCGAAAGGAGAAAUAAGACUCUAAAAUAGAAAUACUCAUUGCUUUUUAAUUAGUUUUCGCAGCAAAUCCUCUGUUUUAAAUAACUCAAUUAAAACAAUUUUUAACUUACAUAUGAUAAACUAUUACAUUUAGCUAUUUAAGAAGAAAAUAAUAGCAAGUAACUGACACUUUCAGAUUAAAUAUCUUUUUCAGAUUUCAAUGCUAUUCUAAAUUAAGGAGCAUGUCCUUAACAAAUUAAUGCUGGCGAUUAUUACUACGACUGUUUUGAUUGUAGUUUUACAAGAUACGAAAAUGCUUACGCACUAAAUAGUAGAUAAACUGAUACAUAAUAUCAAAUAUUAUGUGAGGAUUGCUUUAAAACAGAAGAACACAAAAAUCAUAAAUUUAAAAGAUUCCAACAUCAUGGUCUUUUUAUUGCUUAAUGCUAAUGUGGAAAUUAAGCUUAAAUAAAUAAGAAGUGUUUUUGCAAGAAACAUUAAGGCUUUGAUAAAAUCAAAUAAUUAUAUGACGAUUAGCUCUUUAAAUAGCCUAAACUAUGGAAAGGAAUUGAAACAUUCUUAGUUGAUUCUUUUUACUAUUAUAUUGAAAUUGUAAGUGCUGUAAUUCAAUAAAAACUUGAUAAAUUAAUUGAUGAAAAGACGUACAACUAAAAUAUUCAAGGUAUUAAUUACUUCCUUUAGCUCAUAAUUAAUAAAAUAAAUGAAAUUCUUGAGCUAAAUCCUCCUUCCACUUAUCUCAUAUCAAGCACACUCUUAAAAUCUUUUGAAAAACCUAUUUCUUUUAAGGUUAAGAAAAAUUACCAACAAUAAUAUCCUGAUAAAUAUAUCAGAUUAAUUUAAAAGUAAAAAGAAAUUAAUUAAGAUUUUACUAUUUUGGAUUGUCUGUUGCUGAGUUAUGAAGUUAUAUGUCCUAACAGCGAUUAAUAUCUUUCUAAGCUUUUUAAUACACUUGCUAUGGCUGAUGAAAGAUUUGUUACUUUUCUUUGCGAAAAAUUCUUUAGAAUGAUUGGAUUUAUUGUAUCAACUUAAAAAUCUAAAGAUGAAUGGAUAUAUAAGAGUAAGCUCCCAAAAUUCAUUCACAUUAUAACAGAAAAUAUAAAUAUUUAAAGAGUUUCUGACCAUUUAUUAAAUACACUAGGAGCUGAUAUUUUUAAUUUGCUUGAAUAUAUCUCAUUUUAUAUUCAAAAGAAAUAAAAUUUUUAAGAAGGAGAAGUAAAUGAAGUUGUUGUUUUAUUACCUGCUCUAACUUAUUUCAUGUUACAUUUUAAAUAGGUAAAAACUUUGAUAUAAAAAUAUCCAAAGGAGUUAGUGAAUGCAAUUAAUAAUUUAAAUUAGGCUCUUUUCUUUGGAAAUCUUAUUCAUUUUUAUUAUUAAUUUCCAGAUUAAUUAUAGAGUUGGUGUGAUAGUUUACAAUAUUUAACUUAAUUUAUUAAUAUUGAAGUUAAUAAUAUUGAAACUUAAGUCUAAGUUUUCUAAGCUUUGAAGCUUAUAAACGAUGAAGAGUUAACCAAAAAUAUGAUAUCUAUAAUGUGUGAUAGCUUUAGAGAUCAAAUUUAAAAAAUAAGUGAUUUAAUAGAAGAAAAAGAAAAAGAAAAAGAAUAAGAAUAAGAAAAAGAAAAAGAAAAAGAAAUUUUCUUUACAUUAUCAGUUUCUUCAUUAACUAUGUUGCCUUACCUAAUAGCAAUAUCUGAAAAAAAAAUGUUUACACAAUCUUCCAUUUAAAAAUUCUUUAAUGAUAAAUUUAGCUUUAAAUGUGAAGAAGAAAAAACACAUUUUUUCAAAUGCUUAAGAAAAGUUCUUUCAAAACAUAUCCUUUUUGAAGCUCGUUAAUUAAAUUAAGUUUUUUAAUUUUUAAGUAUGAUUGGAAUUGAAGAAUUAGCUUAAAAUACAAAGAAAAUCAUUUUUGGUCCAAGCUUUAAAAUUUAUGAUAUAUUCAUAUUCGUCAAUUCUAUAAUUCUUUUGGCCGAUAAUAAUAGUAAUAUCACUACUCAGAAUAAUCCACCUUAAAAACUAAUUUAAGAUUUAAAAAAUCAUUAGUUAAAGGAUAUAGAAUAACUUUACACUUCACAACUAGUGUAUUAAAUACUUUUAGAUUCGACACCUUUGUUAAACUUGUUCUUUAAAACGUUAGAUGAGUGCUCAUCAGAAGAUACUCAAAUAAAAAAAAUAAUCAAAAGGAAUGUAGAAGAACUUGUUGUGACUUGCUUCAAUAAAAAUAAACUAGAAAAAAUGAACUUGCACGAUUUGGAGGAGAUUUGCUCUGUUUUAAUUGAUGAUCAAAAUAUAGUGAAACUAAAUUACAAUGAAGUUUUGGAUUAAAAUGAAAGCUAAUAGUUUAUUUUCCUUCGCAAAUAAUAUACCCAAAAAUUUUAUUCUCGUCAUCUGUUAAGAAAUUAAUUUGAUGAAGUUUAUUAAGAUAUCAAAGAUCUAAAAAUUAUAGAAUCUGAGGAGUACACAUUUGCUGGAAGCGAUUUUAGUUUAGAAAAGCUAUUUCCAUAUCAAUAAGAAAUCUUCAAAAAGAUAUUUUUGGAUGAGGAGUAUGUUAGAUAAAUCAUUUCAGUUUGUUUAGAAGAAAAAGAAUUUGGCGAUAAAAUAUAAGAAAACUUAAUACUGUAUCUUUUGUUAAAAUUUAUUGUUUCUAAAGAUCAAUCUGAAAUUAUGAGUGAAGAAGAGAAAAAAUAAAUUGAAAAAAUAAUCUAAAUAUUACCUUUGGACAAAUUAAAAAAACAAUUUAUAGCUUAAAAUUAUAGGUUAAAACAAUAACCUAUCAUAUUUUUGUUGAGAACUGUUGAGAAAAUAUUAGAAAUGUUGAAACAGCUAAGUUAAAAUGAAAAAUGA